UUGUGUGCGUCACACGCGGUUCGUGCAGAACCGCUGCGGCGCACGCGGCCGAACCGCUGCGCGCGCGCCGACACCACAAUGCGGAGCACCAUGCUCACGACCGCCGGCCUCCUCGUCGCCGCGGGCCUGAGGCCGACCACGCGGCUCUCCGCCAAGAGCAUUUUUAGGGGCCCGGAGACGCCGACGCGCGAGGCGCGGGCGGCGAACGCCGCGCUCGCCGAGGCCGGCGAGUUGCUCAACGGCGGCGACGGCGAGGCGGCGGUCCACGCGCUGGUCAUGCACGCCGACGCGCUGUUGGCGUGCGACGGCGCGACGCUCUCCGCGCUCUGUGGCGACGACGCCGCCCUCGCCGAGUUAACGAGCGACGUCCUCGAGGCGGUGUCGGAGGAGGCCCUCGAUUUGGAUCAUGAGCGCAAAACACUGCUCAAGAAGCUCAUCCAGGCGGCCCAGACGUCUGAGGAAGAGGUAGAUCAAGUGCUCGAGGAGGCCGGCGAUCUAUUGAUCGAGACGGCCUUCGUCGACUAUUUGGACGGCGAGGCGCAGCGCCUCGCCGCGGCGUCGGACGCGGAGGCGCGACUGCUCGAGUUGUUGGAUGCGCUGCGGUUCCGCGUGAUCCAGGCCCUGGGCAUGCAGAUCUUCGGCGCGGGCGCGGAGGCCCUAAAACGCGUCCUGAGCAUCGAAGACGCCGCGAUGCGGGAGGAGGCGUUCCGGAACGCGCUGGAGUCCUGCGACGUGGACGCGCAGUGCGACUCGGCGGGCAUCUUGGCCGCGCUGGACGAGACGCUGCGCGACGUCACGCUGCGUGGCGACGCGCACGAGGACCUCGUGGAGGCGCUGCAGAGCCUCGCGGAGAUCGCGGCCGAGUACGACUUCGGCUACUCCGAGCCCGCCGACGACGACGAGUCCCGAUGACGGGGUUUGCACGCACUGUCCGGUGUCACUGUACUGGACAAUGUCUUUUUAACUAAUCUUAUGACGUAUACUAGUCUCGAAUACACCCGGUAUUCUACACACAGCCAGCGUCGACGUCGUCUCCGAUGCCGUAGCGCACUCGCGUCGUCUCCAAUGCCCACAUCACAAGA